UCCUUAUAUCAAUGUAGCAUUUAAUUUUUUCUUUUGUAACCGGGGAAAAACAUUUAAAACAAUAAACUUAUAUAGAUAUGGCAAAUACGGGCGCCACUUGGCAAUAUUAGGGCAUACAUGCUUUUUUUCACAAUCUUUUUUAUAAUUUCCUUCCCCAAAAAAACACACAGGAAAACCAAUAUACCCCCCCCCCCCCCCAAUCUCGUAUCCCGAGGCAGAGCAUAUAACGCACACAGACAGACAAACAAACAAACAGAGACACCACCGCGUGCCAAAAUGAAGAGCCGCCCUACAAAUAUUCUCCCCGCCGUUCCGUUCCUUCUACUCCUCUUCCUCUCUCCCCCUUCUCCGGCCACCGGCGCCGCCGCUGAUGCCUCCGUGUACCAAUCAUUCCUCCGCUGCCUGGAAACCAACACCGCCCCAGAAGACAAGAUCUCCGACCUUGUUUACUCCCCCACGAACCGGACCUUCAAUUCGGUCCUCCAGGCCUACAUCCGUAACUCCCGCCUCAACACUUCCUCCACCCCCAAACCCUCAAUCAUCAUAACCCCGACCAAAAUCCCCCACAUCCAGGCCGCCGUCCUCUGCACCAAGGCCGCCGGCUACCAGCUCAAGACCCGCAGCGGCGGCCACGACUACGAGGGCCUCUCCUACGUCUCCGACUCCCCCUUCUUCAUCCUCGACAUGUUCAAUUUCCGCUCCAUCGAAAUCGACGCCGCCGCCAAAUCAGGCUGGGUCCAGGCCGGCGCCACCCUGGGGGAACUCUACUACCGGAUCUGGCAGAAGAGCAACGUCCUGGGUUUCCCCGCCGGGAUCUGCCCCACGGUCGGAGUCGGCGGGCACUUGAGCGGCGCCGGGUACGGGAACCUCCUGAGGAAGUACGGCCUCUCGACCGACAACGUCGUCGACGCCCAAAUCGUCGAUGUGAAUGGAAAACUUCUCGACAGGGCUUCGAUGGGGGAGGAUCUGUUCUGGGCGAUUCGCGGCGGUGGCGGAGCCAGUUUCGGCGUUAUCAUCGCGUACAAGAUUGUGCUCGUCCCCGUCCCCGAAACGGUUACCGUUUUCAGGGUAGAGAAGUAUUUGGAGCAAAACGCGACCGACAUGGCUUAUCAAUGGCAGCUCGUGGCUCCCAAGACAACGAAAGACCUGUUCAUGAGGAUGCUCCUGCAGCCGGUGAGUUCGAAGACGAAGAAAGGGGAGACCACGGUUAGAGCGUCGGUUUUGGCAGAGUAUUUGGGGAAUGCCGACAGCCUCGUGGCGUUGCUGGGUAAGGAAUUCCCUGAAUUGGGGUUGAAGAAAGAAGAUUGCUUGGAAAUGAGCUGGAUUCAGUCUGUUCUAUGGUGGGGAUUGGACAACGAGACGAACCCAGCAGUGCUGCUGAGCAGGCAGCCGGAAUCGGUCAAUUUUGGCAAGAGGAAGUCGGACUACGUUCAGAACCCCAUCCCGAAAGCUAGCUUGGAAUGGAUUUGGAAGAAGAUGAUCGAGUCGGGUAAGACAGGGUUCGUGUUCAAUCCGUACGGUGGAGCGAUGGACGAGGUACCAGCGACGGAGACGCCGUUUCCUCACCGUGCAGGGAAUCUUUACAAGAUUCAGUACUCGAUUUCGUGGAAGGAGGCCGGGGUUGAGGCGGAGAAGAAGUAUUUGGGACAGAUUCGGAGGAUCUACAGCUACAUGACACCCUUCGUUUCGAAGAAUCCGAGGAGCGCGUAUCUGAACUACAGGGAUUUGGACAUCGGUAUCGUCCAGCCUGCAAGUAAGAACAGCUUCGACGAAGGGAAGGUGUACGGCGGGAAGUAUUUCAAUGGAAAUUUCGAGAGGCUGGUGAAGGUGAAGACUGCGGUCGAUCCCCACAAUUUUUUUUGGAACGAACAGAGCAUCCCUGUGCUUCCAAGUGUGUUGAAAUUUGGAAGCAAGCAUUAGAGAUGUGGCUGUGAGUUCGUGACGUGAAAGUUGAAACUAUGGCAAACCAAGGCACAUGGUGGUGGGGCGCCAAUAUUCCAGUUGAAAAUGUUGAAUUCAGUUGGGUUGGGUUUUUAUUAGUCUCCUUCCCCACUACCGACCUUUCUCAUCAGCUGGUGGGUUAGGGACGCCCUAGCUCCAUGUCGACGUCGUUGGAUAUGUGCAUAUGUAAUUGUUAGAUUGCCGUCGUGUACAUCUUAUUGCUAUGUAAUGUGGAAUGCGCACGACCUACAGUACUAUUCCAUUAUGUCAUAGUCACCUACUAUUCCGCCGCGUCUGUUAUCGGCCUCUUUCGAAAUUCAAAGCCGCAAUUGAUGUUUGUUGGGAUGUGUCGACUCUUCCAACUCCAAGGCAUGCCGUGGAUUGUCUUUGAGUCUCUGUUUUUUUAGUUCUUCCUCUCCUAAAAGGGAUGCACGCGAU